AUGCCCAUGCUGUAUGCUGCUACUGCAAGGGAUAUUUGGGAGGCCGUGAAAAAGUUAUACUCCUCACGACAAAAUGGAGCUCGUCUGUAUGCGCUCCGUAAACAAGUCCAUGAAUGUAAACAAGGGACCAUGGACGUCACAGCUUAUUUCAAUCAGCUGUCUGUGAUUUGGCAAGAGAUGGAUUUAUGUCGAGACUUAAAUUGGAGUUGUCCGUGUGGAGAAGUUUUGUACUAUAACAAAUUUGAUGUUGUGCGAAGUCGAAUUCUGGGAACUCGCCCAGUUCCCUCCUUGAUGGAAGUAUGUUCUGAAAUCCGUCUUGAGAAAGAUAGGUCUAAUUCCAUGAAUAACCCAGUAACUAAAUCUCCAGAUUCCGCUGCGUUUAAAGUGUUAAGAACUGACAAACAAAAUGGAAAGGUUCCUCCGGUCUGUGAACACUAUAAGAAACCUGGCACAUUAAGAAGCAAUGUUGGAAGCUUCAUGGUCGUCCUUCAAAUGGUAAAAGACGACAAAUAG